UGCUGCUUGUACUUUACUUGAGUAACACAGUUUUCGACUGUUUUAUACGUCUACUCAGUGGCUGAGCAAAUAUUGAUCCUUUAACUUAAUCAAAGUAACAAUACGACAGUGUGAAAUAGGCAACUCCAUUACAAGUAAAAGUCAUGCUUUGAAAGUGUUGCUUCAGUAAAGGCGUGUAAGUGUCGUUAUUGGACUGUACUCAGGAGCAGAAAACAACAAUGAUAAUAAUGAAUAAACACAAACAAGACGAAACAUGACGGACAGCACGAGUCCAAAAGGCAAUUCUGGUGACUUUGCGAAAAAAGUCCAAAGACAGCUGAGCAGAGGCAAAGAAAGGGUGCUGCAACGGCUGGGAAAGACUGUGGAGACCAGGGAUGACCACUUUGAACGUUUUCAACAGCAGUUUAAUGACCAGCAGACUGAUGGGAACCGGAUGUACAAGGACUUGAGGAAUUACAUUAACGCAGUCAGAGACAUGCGUGAAGCAUCGCGGCGCCUUUCCCAGUCUCUGUUUGAUGUUUAUGAAACCGACUGGGCCGGGGAGGAGGACCUGGGAGCCAUUGUAGAGGGGGAAGAUCUCCUGUGGAAUGACUACGAGGUGAAGCUAUUAGACCAGGCCGUACUCACAAUGGAGUCCUACGUGAGCCAGUUCCCAGAUGUCAGGGAGAAAAUUGCCAAGAGGGGAAGAAAACUGGUGGACUACGACUCUUCCCGUCACCACCUGGAGGCACUGCAGACUGCCAAGAAGAGGGAUGAUAUCAAGAUAAACAAGGCAGAGGAAGAGAUGAAUUAUGCCAAAAGUGUCUAUGACAGCAUCAACAGUGAUCUCAAAGAAGAGCUGCCUGUGUUCUAUGACAGCCGUAUCGGAUGCUACGUGUCCGUCUUCUCAGCCAUGUCAAAUCUACGAGACGUCUUCUACAAGGAAAUGCGCACGCUCAAUCUUGAUCUACAGAAUGUGAUAAAGGAGCUGCAGGCUCAGCAUCCAGACAAAGCGUUUCCUGUGAGGGGACUGCAGCCUUAUGGCUCCCUGAGAAGACGAACACUGAUGUCCCCUAAGGCCUGGAAAGCGAGCUUCUCUGAGUUUCACAGGAGCUACAAUCCUAAAGCUGGCCAGAGGUUUAGUUUCAGGUCCCCAGACAAACCUCGCCGCGGCACUCUGUCCAGAGAGAGCAGCACCCUGGCAGUCUCCCCACAAUCUGCAACUCUGGAGAGCCACACCCCCAAGCACAGCGACCCGGACGCCGAAUCGAGCCACAGUGAGAUCUACAGCUGUCCCACAGAAGAGGGCGAUGCAGCGGGGUCGGGUGGAAACGAGCUGAAGUCAGGAGAAGACGGCAAUCAGGUGGAAGAGGAGAAGGGCGUGAAAGGAGAGCAGUCUGAACCAAAGCCUCCUGCAGAAUCUGAUGAUAAGGCUGAGAAAGCUUCAGCGAGCGAGAGCAGCUCUGAACUGAACAACUCCUGCGAUUCAGAGAGCUUGGAGCUGAAGCUGUCUGCUUUAGACAACGGCCCACUGCACAUUGAAGAAAGAGAAGACAACCAGGUACUCCUCAACACUCAAAGAGCAAACGGACUGGAUAAUGGUGAAGUUUCUGGGUUUAAGUCUGAGGUCCUGUGCAUUCCUCACAAGGAUGCUCCUGCAGAAAAACAGGCGCCCCUAGACUCCAAAAGCACAGUGGUUUAAGAACAGAAGAGACUGAAGUCAACAGCUGCACAAGAGAAAUAAUGUGGAGACAGCUGCACUGAAAUCCUCCAGCUGGUGUCACGACGGAUGUUCAGUGCAAUGAUUUGUUGCUGUUAUUUAUCUUUUAUUGAAAUCAAUUGUAAAUACACUCUACAAUGUCUUUGGGUUAAAAUUUUAAAUAUUUUUGUUUAAUGUUAAAAGUAUACCCACCCGUUUCAUUAUACGCUGUACCAAACAGGUACAUUUUAAAAUCAAAGUAUUUCUUUUAUGUGUAUAAUGUACAUUGCAAACAUAAAUGCACUAUUAGGUUUACAUGGUUAAAAAACUUACCAACUGACUACAACAUGAACACAAAGAUGUACUGAGCUGUGGUCUCAGUUUCAUGAGGAACGGAACUAAACUCUGUGCUCAUGUUGCCAUUGACCAAAAGAUUUUUUUAAUCCGAUUUUGAUGGCAGGGAUUCAGCAGGGAUUCAUUUUCAUUCAUGUGAAAUUCAUUUUAAUUUGAAUUAUAAAUUUGAACCUUUCUACUCAUAAAACGGGAAUCUAUUAAUUAGCUGUGCACUUCGAAGAUAAAAAUUAACACGGUUAUCUUUUCUUAAUCUCAUUUACUCUCAAGUUAUUUCUCUACAGUUUAUUGUAAUUAUUUAAUGAGUAUGCACAUCUAAAGCUAAGAUAUGUGGGAAUUAUUAUGAAAUUUGUACACCAAAAUAAUAAAAAAGCAUUUAA